AUGGAUAAAUCCAAUAAAGUUUUUUGUACCUGUUCAAAAUGUUGCCACAAAGAUACAAAGAGAGGGAUUAGAUUGUUUAUUUCAAAGUCUACUAGAAUUAGAUAUCAUAAACAAGACAAUAAAAAUCUAUUAGUCGCAGACUCUAUUUCUAAUUCCAGUUCUGAAACAGCUUCGAUUUUAAGUCUUUCAGAUAUUAUUACUAGUUCUAGAAGUGAAUCAUUUAUCCUUGUUGAUUAUUCUGAGUUAA